AUGUCCUUCAUCUAUCUCAACCGCGCAACGCACGUCGUCUCUCUCAUCCCCGCCCUCUUCGGCAUCAACCUCCUCACGCGCCCUGAAGCAACCCUCCAAUCAUUCCAGUACCCUAUCCCCACAGACCCUCAGGCUCAAAAGCUUGUUCGUGGCCUUGCACGUAUCUACGGAUGUCGAAAUCUUGUCGUUAGCUUUUUGUUCUUCAACAUUAGCCUCACUGGGGAUAGGAAGCUUAUGAGCUUCGGGUAUCUUGGGGCGCUGGCUAUGUGUGUUACUGAUGGGCUUGUCGCGAGGAAUGUAGUUGGGCAUGGGGAGUGGCAGCAUUGGUCGUUUGCGCCGCUUUGUAUUGGGUUGUUGGUUGGAUUGAACUGGUGA